AUGGGAGUGCUCAUGUCAAAGAAGCAGCAGGUGCAGCGGGUGCAGAAAUGCAGCGCUGUCGUCUCUGCCUUCCAGUCGGGCAUCAAGGACCGUCCUGCUCCAGCCAAACAGGCAGAAGGAGAGGCGGAGGAAGGCGAAGGCCCUGACAAACCAUCGGCCAGCCCUGAGGAGAAGAACACCGAAGAGGUGGAGCAAGAGGAAACAGACAAUAGCGCGGGUCCGUCAACCUCCCAGCAGGCCUCUGCGCCAGCCAGGGAUGAGUGUAAGGUCAACCAGGAGGCUUGGUCGAGGUUACGGGACGGGAAGGGAGUAGAGCCUGAGGAUCUCGAUAAGAGCCAUCAGCUCACGCCGCCUGCGUUUGUGCGGCCAAAAAGGGAAGCCGAUGAUGACCAGCCUGUGGAGGUGGAGCUGGAAAAGAAAGAGCAGCCGGCCAGCGAUGAGAUGUGUGACGUGUGUGAGGUGUGGACGGCCGACGACCUGUACCCCUGCAGGAUCUGCACUCGGGUGUUCCACGACGGCUGCCUGAGGGAGCUGGGCUACCUGCGCGCCGAGGCCCUGCAGGAGAUGAGAGAUACGGCCCACACUGUUACUGGCUGGAGCUGCUACUAUUGUGAUAAUCUGAAUCUCCUCCUAACAGAGGAAGAGAUGUACAGCCUCAUGGAGACCUUCAAGCAGUGUAAGAUCAUCCCAGAGUCAUGCCUGGUUUCAGAUGAGCUGCUGCAGUACCGCCACUUUGCAUCCAAGCAGCAGUUUGACAAGGACCUGACUGAUGAGCAAGAGGAGGAAGUCCUGGCCCAGUUUGCAGCGCUGGAUCCCGAGAAGAAGGGUCACAUCGAAUGGUCCGACUUCCUGUACUUUGAGUCUCUGGCAGUGUUGAAGAAGCUUCGCACAGAGAACUCGCUGGUGCGUCUGUUGACCGGCAAGGAGAGAGACAAGGCACGGUCAGUGUUCCUGGGUCUGGCCCUGGAUAAAGACGGCGUCAUCACGAGAGCGGAAUGUCGCCAGGCCCAGCAGUCCUGGUUCCAGAAGCUCAACAAAGACUCGCAGUCUUGCAAUGUCAGACUCAUGGGACUCUGCUCUCCUAUAAAUUGUGGUAUAAGUCACGUUGGCCCCAUAUGUGAGAGCAGUCCGGCCAGCUCUGGCAGCGAAAGGAGCAAGACUGAUGAAAGCAGGUAUCUCUCUUUAUUCAACAGGCCAGUGACCUGGGCAGACUUUUUAAAGGAGAGUGCCAUCUAUAUUUUGGCUGCACGCCCCAAUAGUUCUGCCAUGCACAUCCGAAUACCUCUAUAG